AUGGGAGAGGACGUUGAUGCUUUUAUAGAAGAUUUUGAUUUAGCUGCUUUAAUAAAUAACUGGAGCGAAAUAGAAAAAAUUACGUUAUUACCAUUAUACUUGAAAGACUCGGCAUCAAUAUUUUUUAAAUUAAUAAAAACCAAAACACCAAACAUAAACUGGGAACAGACUAAACAACAAAUAAAAGAGAAAUUUACUAAUAUUGGGAAUGAUAAAUUACUUAGAAUACAAUUAAAUCAAAGAAAGUUAAUGGACAACGAAAAUUUAAAUGAAUUUAUAAUAAAUAUGAUGGAACUUUGCUAUAAAAUUAAUCCAAACAUGGUGGAGGAAGAAAUUUGCGAGAAAAUAAUGGUGGGUUUGCCAGAUGAAAUAUACAACAAAAUAGAAAUUUUAGACAACACAAAAGUAGUAGGAAAAGGCCGGUACUGGUGA